UUUUAUCCCAUUUCACUGGCAUGCUCGAACUAAAUGCAUUACACUUUUCAGCAGAGCAAGGGACACGUAUGUGGACGGCAUUGGAAGGAAACCCUUGCGUUAACAUCUAAGGAAAUUAUCUCACGGUCUAUUCUCCCGGAGAGUGUAUUUUCUACCAGCAUGAGUGCAGAGUGCACGAGCUACUACAGCGCAGAUAAUGUGUUUGUGAAUGGUUCUUCUUGUCCUAAAGCGGAGGGCGAUGCGCGCGCGGCGUUCUGCUGCGGAUUUAACGAUAUCAAGUAUUGCUGUGAUGAUCCCAACAGCUUUUUCCCUUACGAGUAUGGAUACAUGUGGUGGCUCAGUGUUGGGGCUCUGAUAGGUCUGUCCAUAGCAGCGGUGGUCCUACUGGCCUUCCUCAUCACCGUAUUUGUUCUCUGCUACCUCUUCAUCUCCACAAAGCCCAGUCGCCUUGACAGUGGCCUGCCGCUACGGGCACCAGUCUCUAUUCCAGGGUUGGACCCCAGUGAGUACCCCAGUCCCUCCAGCCCAUCCCACCGGCGCCCGGGGCUUCAGGAUGCACUUCCUCAGCAGGAAGUUGGACUGUGACAACCA